UGUAACAGCCCAUCAUGUCGAGAGUGAUCCAGAAGAAGAACCACUGGACUAGCAAGGUUCACGAAUGCACCGUGAGACGGGGACCCCAGGGCGAGCUGGGGGUGACGGUGCUGGGGGGCGCGGAGAACGGGGAGUUUCCGUAUGUCGGAGCGGUGGCCGCGGCCGAGGCGGCGGGGCUUCCCGGCGGCGGCGAGGGCCCUUGGCUGGGCGAGGGGGAGCUGCUUCUGGAGGUGCAGGGGAUCCGGGUGUCCGGCUUGCCUCGCUAUGACGUGCUGGGAGUCAUCGACAGCUGCAAGGAGGCCGUCACCUUCAAAGCCGUCAGACAAGGAGGAAAACUGAACAAGGACCUGCGACAUUUUCUCAAUCAGCGCUUCCAGAAAGGCUCUCCUGAUCAUGAGCUCCAGCAGACCAUAAGGGAUAACCUUUACCGCCAUGCUGUGCCUUGCACAACCCGGUCUCCGAGAGAAGGAGAAGUGCCUGGCGUGGACUAUAACUUUCUGACUGUGAAGGAGUUCUUGGACCUCGAGCAGAGCGGGACCCUUCUGGAAGUCGGCACCUAUGAAGGAAACUAUUAUGGGACACCCAAACCUCCUAGCCAGCCAGUCAGUGGGAAAGUGAUCACGACGGAUGCCUUGCAAAGCCUUCAGUCUGGCUCCAAGCAGUCGACCCCAAAGCGAACCAAGUCCUACAAUGAUAUGCAAAAUGCUGGCAUAGUCCACACGGAGAAUGAGGAGGAGGAUGACGUUCCUGAAAUGAACAGUAGCUUUACAGCCGAUUCCGGUGCCCAGGAAGAGCACACUGUCCAAGAAACAGCGUUACCGCCUGUGAAUAGUAGCAUCGUCGCUGCUCCCAUCACGGACGCUUCUCAGAAGUUCCCUCAAUACCUACCUCUUUGUGCAGAGGAUAAUUUAGGUCCUCUACCCGAGAACUGGGAGAUGGCGUACACCGAAAAUGGAGAAGUCUAUUUUAUAGACCAUAACACGAAAACAACAUCUUGGUUAGACCCUCGGUGCCUGAACAAGCAGCAGAAGCCUCUGGAAGAGUGUGAAGAUGAUGAAGAAGGGGUCCACACCGAGGAGCUGGACAGUGAACUAGAACUACCUGCUGGUUGGGAAAAGAUUGAAGACCCUGUCUAUGGUAUCUACUAUGUAGACCACAUCAACAGGAAGACACAAUAUGAGAACCCGGUUCUAGAAGCCAAACGGAAGAAGCAGCUGGAGCAGCAGCAGCCGCAGCCGCAGCCGCAGCCGCAGCCAGAAGAAUGGACGGAACAUCACCCAUGUCUUGUGCCUCCUGUUACUCCAAACCACCCCCCGAGCAAUCCGGAGCCAGCCAGAGAAGCUCCACUUCAGGGCAAACCCUUUUUUACACGAAACCCUUCUGAGUUGAAAGGCAAGUUUAUUCACACGAAGCUGCGGAAAAGCAGUCGUGGCUUUGGCUUCACAGUUGUUGGAGGGGAUGAACCUGACGAGUUCCUGCAGAUCAAGAGCUUGGUCCUGGAUGGUCCUGCGGCACUGGAUGGCAAGAUGGAAACAGGAGAUGUCAUUGUCAGCGUGAAUGACACCUGUGUUUUGGGACACACACAUGCGCAAGUUGUGAAAAUCUUCCAGUCCAUUCCCAUUGGUGCCAGCGUGGACCUUGAACUCUGCCGAGGUUACCCGUUGCCUUUUGACCCAGAUGACCCCAAUACAAGUUUAGUGACUUCGGUAGCCAUUUUGGAUAAAGAACCAAUUAUUGUGAAUGGGCAAGAGACCUAUGAUUCGCCGGCCAGUCACAGCAGUAAAACAGGCAAAGUCAAUGGCAUGAAGGAUGCCAGGCCAAGCAGCCCUGCUGAUGUGGCUUCAAACGGUUCCCAUGGUUACCCCAAUGACACUGUCUCUUUGGCUUCCUCCAUAGCCACUCAGCCAGAGCUCAUAACUGUUCAUAUAGUCAAAGGCCCAAUGGGCUUUGGUUUUACUAUCGCGGACAGUCCUGGUGGCGGUGGCCAAAGAGUGAAACAGAUCGUGGACAGUCCAAGGUGCCGCGGCCUGAAAGAAGGGGAUCUUAUAGUGGAAGUUAAUAAGAAGAACGUGCAGGCUCUGACCCAUAAUCAAGUUGUGGAUAUGCUGAUUGAAUGUCCAAAGGGAAGUGAAGUCACACUGUUGGUGCAACGAGGAGGGUUGCCAGUUCCCAAGAAGAGCCCAAAGUCGCAACCACUGGAAAGAAAAGACAGCCAGAAUAGUUCUCAGCACAGUGUUUCCAGCCACCGGAGCCUGCACACGGCCUCCCCAAGCCACAGCACACAGGUGCUCCCCGAGUACCCACCUGCAGAGGCCCCAACUCCAGAUCAAACCGACAGCUCUGGGCAGAAAAAACCAGAUCCUUUUAAAAUCUGGGCCCAGUCCAGGAGCAUGUAUGAAAACCGACUUCCAGAUUACCAGGAACAGGACAUCUUUCUCUGGAGAAAAGAGACUGGAUUUGGAUUUAGGAUUCUGGGUGGAAAUGAACCAGGAGAACCUAUUUAUAUUGGUCACAUCGUACCACUGGGUGCUGCUGAUACAGACGGCCGCCUGAGGUCUGGGGAUGAAUUAAUCUGUGUGGAUGGGACACCGGUCAUUGGAAAAUCACACCAGCUUGUGGUCCAGCUUAUGCAACAAGCUGCCAAGCAAGGCCACGUCAAUCUCACUGUGCGGCGCAAAGUGGUGUUUACAGCCCCCAAAGCCGAGAACGAGGUGCCGUCGCCGGCCUCCUCCCACCACAGCAGCAACCAGCCGGCGUCCCUGACGGAGGAGAAGCGCACCCCGCAGGGCAGCCAGAACUCCCUGAACACGGUGAGCUCGGGCAGCGGCAGCACCAGCGGCAUCGGCAGCGGCGGCGGCGGCGGCAGCGGUGUGGUGAGCGCGGCCGUGCAGCCCUACGACGUGGAGAUCCGGCGCGGCGAGAACGAGGGCUUCGGCUUCGUCAUCGUGUCCUCGGUGAGCAGGCCCGAGGCCGGCACGACUUUCGCAGGCAAUGCAUGUGUGGCUAUGCCUCACAAAAUAGGUCGGAUUAUUGAGGGGAGUCCCGCUGACCGAUGUGGCAAGCUGAAAGUGGGAGACCGGAUCCUGGCAGUGAAUGGAUGUUCCAUCACCAACAAGUCCCAUUCAGACAUUGUCAACCUAAUCAAGGAAGCAGGAAACACAGUUACCCUCCGCAUCAUUCCCGGGGAUGAGUCCUCAAAUGCCACUUUGUUGACCAACGCAGAGAAGAUUGCCACCAUCACCACCACACACGCCCCUUCUCAGCAAGGGGCCCAGGAGACCAGGAAUACCACCAAACCAAAGCCGGAAUCUCAGUUUGAGUUCAAAGCACCCCAGGCAACACAGGAGCAAGAUUUUUACACUGUGGAACUAGAGAGAGGAGCCAAGGGAUUUGGCUUUAGUCUUCGAGGGGGCCGAGAAUAUAACAUGGACCUGUAUGUUCUGCGCUUAGCAGAGGAUGGUCCAGCAGAAAGGUGUGGAAAGAUGAGGAUUGGUGAUGAAAUCUUAGAGAUCAAUGGCGAGACCACCAAAAACAUGAAGCAUUCUCGGGCUAUAGAACUGAUUAAGAAUGGUGGCCGCAGGGUGCGUCUGUUUCUGAAGCGGGGAGACGGCUCCGUACCAGAAUAUGACCCCAGCAGCGACCGCCUCGGCCCCGCCGCCGCCGGGGCACAAGGUGUUCCGGAAGUGAGGGCCGCGCCCCCCGACCGCCGACCGCAUCCGUCAUUGGAGUCCAGUUACCCACCCGAUCUUCACAAAUCAUCACCGCAUGGGGAAAAGCGGGCACACGUGAGAGACCCAAAAGGCAGCAGAGAGUAUAUCAGACACCCCACUGAGCAUCACACAUGGAACGGAACUUCUAGAAAACCCGACAGCGGGGCUUGCCGACCCAAGGACCGGGCAGCGGAGGGACGCAGAGAGGCACCCCCGGAGCGGCCGGUGCCCAAUGGCCCCAAGAGGAGGUCCCCGGAGAAGCGCAGAGAAGGCACCCGCAGCGCGGACACCACUCUGGAGAGGAGGGAGAAGCACGAGAAGAGACGAGACGUGUCUCCGGAGCGGAGGCGCGAGCGCUCGCCCACCCGCAGGAGGGACGGCUCGCCCAGCCAUCGGAGGCGCUCCCUCGAAAGACUCUUGGAUCACACGCGGUCCCCGGAGCGGAGGAGAGGGAGCUCGCCGGAGCGCAGGGCCAAGUCCACCGAGCGCAGGCGCGAGCGCUCCCUGGAGAAGAGGGGCAGGGAGGACAGGGUCGGCCACCGAGAGAGGGAAGAGCCCAGUCUGAGACAGGACGCGGGCAGAAGCUCCAGACACGCCCCCGAGCAGAGAAGGCGACCUUACAAAGAAUGUAGCACCGACCUCAGUAUCUGAGACUCCGAGGCACAUUCCAACCUUUACCGUGUCAAAGGUUCUAAGAGGAAGGUCACAAACGUGAAAUAAUUUAGUUUCUUACCUUGAGGAAGCGUCCGACCCCCGAUGAUCCUAUAAUAGCAACAAACAUUUUAUGCAUUUGAAAUCUUAUAAGAAAAAAAGAAAAAAAAUAUAUAUAUAUAUGAAAAGUGUUGUGCCUGAUGUAUAAUAUUAAAGAAAGUAUUUUUAAAUGCAUACUUUUUUUGGAAAUUAUUUGCCAAAUGCUGCCCCGAAGGGAUAUAAAUUUUGUUUCUACGUGACCUGUAGAAUUGUCAAGAAUCGUUCCCUUAUGGGGGGCAGUCUUUUUCUCUCCUGGUUAAAUAGGACUGUUGAUCAUUUUCUCUAAGGGAAAUAAUUGAUUAAGUUUAAUUAAUUUGACGUAGAUUGUUAGGUAGUGAUGUAGUGCUAUCCUGUAGUUUAGGAGUUUUUCUUUAAAAAAAAAAGAGCAAAAAGGCAAAAGUUAUAUUUGUAGAAGCUGAGGACUCUUUGGGACAGAUUAGGAUUGUCAAUGAUCCUAAAAUUAAACUGUAUGAAGAGACUACUACUGCAAAUGAAGGAUAUUUAUAGCUAAACUACACAGCACAAAGAAAUGUUGCCUUCUCGAGUCAUAGUUGGUUCAGAAAACAGUUUGUACUCUCCCUGGCCAUAGAAAGGCACAGACAGGAGAAGGUUGGCCGCCAUUGCCCAGACAUAGCCCAAGCACGGAUAGAUGAUCAGGUUCAUUAGUAUCACCAAUAUCUGAUAAGAUCUCAUUAAGGCAGCACCUUCACAGCUUUGCUCAACUACCGGAAGGAACCAACAGUGAACACCUGUGUUGUCUUGUCUGAUUUGAGGCCAAAUAGUGGAUCGAAUGGGGAACCAUGUGCCCAGUGGGAGGGAACCAUGAGAAUCCUCCACACAGAAAGUGCGUUCCCCCCUGUGUAGCGUAAGCCCCACUGGGGGCAAGGGAAUGAACGCUGGUGGAAGUUCCCUCUCUGUUGAUAUUUUAAAAAGUGAGGGUUCGGGGUGCUUCUUCUUAGAAAUGCCCAUUUCCCUUUGAAACCAUAAUAAAAGUCUCCAGGAUGACUGAAAGGGAAAGCAAGACACAGUCCCAGUGGCUCUAGAUCGAGUUGGCAAACCUCUGCCCUCAUGACCCUGUCCUUUGAGUCUUUGGACAGCAGAACAAAGCAUAACAAUUUUUUUCUUUUUAGAAUGACCCAUUCUUUCGCAAUCCCGCAGGAGGUGCGGUUGGGUCGGCUCAUAGCCCCAGGAUGUGGUUGAAAUGGAUUACUGCCUAGCUGAGCCAAAACGUUUGCUUGUACCUGUUGGACCACUACAGCAAACCGCUGCUUAGGAUGCAUUGUGUAUUUCUGUAGUACUGUUUUGCAUUUCCCAUACAGACACACAACUUUGCAAGUCAAUCACUGUUGUUCUCAUGGUACUGUUUAAGGAAACAAUGAAAAAG